UUUAAGUGAUUGUUAAAGGAAAUCUAGUCUUCAAUGGCUACCAAAAGCUUUGUAGUUUACUUGUUAACAAGUUUCUCUGUAGCUGUUCUAUCUGUUUUCUUCAUAAAAAAUGGUGGUUUUAAACCAAGAUAUUCCACGAAUUCCAACUUUUUGCAGUUGCCUGUUGGAUCUCAAACCAAAAUUUGGCCGGAAUUGAAGUUUGGUUGGAGGCCAGUUUUAGCUGCAGCGAUAGGAUUCUUGGGAUCAGCUUGCGGAACAGUAGGUGGAGUUGGUGGAGGAGGCAUUUUUGUUCCUAUGCUUACUUUGAUUGUUGGAUUUGAUACCAAAUCUGCUGCUGCUAUUUCCAAGUGUAAGCUUCUUCUUUUUUUCAGUUCCAAAAAAAGGCAGUGA